GGGGAGCGCGCGCUGCAGUCACUGAGCAGCAGCCCGGCCCGUCUGCCUCCUCACAGCCGCCGCCAUGUCCGACCUGCUCCCCGGCUACUCUCCCAGCUUCAAGAAGCCGUCUGAGAUCCUGCGGUUGAGCCGAAAGAGGAGCCGCAGCGAGGCCUCUCGGGGCGGACCUUUUUCCCCGGGUGAUGCCCCCAAGCGGAUACCAGGGCUCCGGCCCUUCUCUCCGGGGCCCCAGCGGAGCGGCGGCGGUGUGAAGCGCAGGAACCCCUUCGCUAGUCUGGAGAACACAGUGUGCAGUCCAGUGAAGAGGCGGGCGGAGAGCGUGUACGACUGCAAUCCGGUAGCCACCGAGCCGUGGGCCAAGCUGCCCGAGAAUCCCUCGCCGCUCACUGCACAGUUUAGUUCUGUUGAAGAUGUUCUCUUUGAAGAUCACCUUGAUGUUGAUCCUGCUGCAGCUACAAAGACACAAUCUCCGGAGAAGCCCGUGACUGUAUGUGAGCGUCCUCAGGGAGCAGUUAACUUUCCUGCUGAUUGGAGUUUGAAGACACGCUUGCUGUUCACCUCUUCGCAUCCGUUCUCCUGGACUGAUCACUUAAAAGCCCAAGAAGAAGCCCAGGGCUUGGCUUUGCAUUCUCGUGCUGCCCCCAUCAAUUUGCCUCAGAAUAUUCUGGAUCCAAAGUCAUGCCCUGAGCUGCGAUGUGCGUUCCAACAGUGCCUUGUCUACUGGCAGCAUCCUUCUCUUCCCUGGCUACAACUCUUCCCUAGGAUCGGAGCCGACCGGAAAAUAGCCGGGAAAAACAGCCCUUGGUCUCAGGAUGAUGCGCUGCACCAAGUUUUGAUGAGUGAAUGGGCUCUGAGUUUUACGUCUUUGUAUAAUCUGCUGAAGGCAAAGUUCUGCCCGUACUUCUACGUGUGCACCUACCAGUUCACCGUGCUGUUCCGGGCCGCUGGCCUCGCGGGUAGCGAUGUGAUCACGGCCGUCGUAUCUCCUACGACAAGAGGGCUCAGAGAAGCCAUGAAAAGCGAAGGAAUUGAGUUCUCUCUGCCAAUGGUAGAAAACGAUAACAAAAAGCAAAACGUCCCAGAAACCGGUGACCAGCCUGACGGAACGACAGACCAGGAGAGCGGGACCCACAGCGGAGGAGAAGAGUCAUGCGACAGCGACGCAGAGGAAAGCUUUGCUUGGCUGGAAGAAAUGGGAGUUGAAAAUCAAAUAAAGAAGCCGGAUGCAAUCUCUAUUAAACUUCGUAAAGAGAAGCGGGAAGUAAAAAUGGAUCAUAAGCCUGAAUCUGUCGUCUUGAUAAAAGGGUCGAACACGUUCACUUUGCUGAACUUUCUAAUAAACUGCAAGAGUAUAGUGGCUGCCGCGGGACCUCAGGCUGGGCUUCCUCCGACCCUCCUGUCCCCAAUCGCCUUCCGAGGAGCCACGAUGCAGACGUUAAAGACAAGGAGCAUAAACGUGAAGACACAGGUUAACUCUGGUUAUAAAGAUCUGUUUAGUCUGGAGAUAAGCGGCCCUAUUCUGCCCCAUUCUCUGCACUGCUUUUCGCUGUUACUGAAAUCUGCGCAGCGAGGGAGUUUCUCUACAAGCCUCUAUACUCACGAGCCAACCGCUGUGUUCAACACGGCCAUCCAUCCUCAGACAACGAAGGAGAACAUUUCUUCCGACCUUACAAGCUGUGGACUUCAGCCACCGACCCUGGAGCAUCUCUCUCAGCUUUGUCAGCUGGGGAAAAACUCCUUACGCCAGCUGGAAAUGUCAGACUAUAAAUACACCUGGAAAUCUUGAUUUGUCCUAUGAAGGUUUACGCCGCGGAUCACGCUUCAGUAUUUGACUCUGCUAAAGGGACUCGUAAAAGUUACCUUUGCAUUCACUGCCAGUAGAAUUAAUCGAAUUCUAAGUACAAUUACUAAACUUCAUACAUGGCCUUAUCGUAUCUAGCAGUAGUUUAGCUCCUUAAAACCCCUUGAGUCGGCCAAGUUGCCCCCAGCCUGUUUGGAACCAUUUACCAUAUGUUAUAUAAAAAACACUCAGCUGCCCGAGCAGACCUUUUAAUGAGCAAACCUAGGAUUUCAUGCACAUUUUUUAUUAUAAAGUGGUCACUGCCUAUUUUGUAUGUUUCAAUGUGAGAGAAUGCUGCUGUUUUGGCUAUUUUUAAUGUUAAAGUGUAAUUAUUGUGAAUAAAAAAAAAACUUCCCUGUGA